UACCACCGUAACGUACGUCAACAUCCGUCGUAUCAUUAACUGUUCAGCCAAAUUGGAAUAGGGUGUUAAAUAGACGUCAAUAGAUACGGUGUUCUGCUGGGGUCGAUACUAAUAUAGAGGAUAAAUCUUCUCAUCUGAUAUCACCAUGAUAAUUAUAGUGAAAAUAAGAAGGUUACAAGGAAGCGAUGAAGAUAUACAGAUUGAUGAUCAGUGCACAAUAUUGGAAUUAAAACAGUUUCUUCAUUACCGAUUGGGCAUUGAACCCGCACAACAACGGCUGAUUUUUUGUGGACAUGUUCUGGAUGACACUCGGACAAUAUCUGAUUGCAAUAUUGGUGAUAACCAAGUGGUACAUAUGGUUACUAGACCACCACCAAUGCCUGAAAGAAGCGAACCAGAACCAGAUCUGUCUGAAAGUGACAAUGCUCCCAAUCAAGCGCCAUCUGGCCCAUCAAGCUUGGUUUUCGUUACACAUGAAGAUCAAGGGUCUAUGUCACCUACUGCAAUACGCUUGAGGAUCCUCAACACCAUUGUCUGUGAAUUAAGAACAAGAUUAUUGGAACUAGACUCGGGUUCAGAUAUUGAGGAAAAUCCAAUGCCUAUGGCGGAUAACCCUGUGGACGAAUUCGCCCGACUGAUUGCUGAGGUUCAUAGCCUGGAUAGAAUUUUUGAAUCACACAGAGAAAAUUACAUAGGCCUCAUUAAUGACUUUCGUGAUACCAAUGGGCCCCGCGACGAGAGAAGCAUCCAGGCGAGAAUGCGCUACUCGGAGCAAAUCAAUGGAGUGUUUCAUAAUUUGGCGCACGCGUUUCAUUUGCUAAGUGACAUUGCGAUGCUGGAAUCACCACAUGGUACACAGCUGGCUUCAGAAGCGUUCUUACGUCAGGGUCAGACGGCCACCCUCGACACGCAUUCCGGUCGCACUGGGAACAUCGACGGCAAUAUUACCGAGCCGUUUAAUGUGGAAAUUGAUCCCAUUAUGAUCCAGUUACAAAUAGAGACCAGUGAACCUACGAUGGCUCAGAGAAAUGCGGCCAAUCCCCCGCCCGACGUAGAUAUGGAAGAUUUGAACGCCGAUGAACUGAUGGCGCAGGACGCGACCUACGCCACCUCACAAGAAUACCUCAGGAGUCUCGAACAGAGGAUGCUAAAUAUUGAACAACAUGUUGAACAGGCGACUAGGGAGUUCGAAAAUCUUUAUAAUUUUGACGCAGAUUUUCCAUGUAUACCCUUACCAUCUAUGAAUCCUAGCAUUCGAAUUCGACGAGAUUUAGGGUACCCGAAUAACCCCGAUGCUCGACAUCAACAUUCUGGCGCUAUGCAACCAGGUUUGAGGAACAAUGCAGCUGCGCUGGACUUCGGAAUGGAGCUGGAUGAUUCGCCAUUAGGCAGUGGUAAUUUGCAGGACUUUCUUGGGCACCCACCAAAUUUGACAGGAAUAGUACAAAACGCGCAAUCGCCUAUGAUUGGUAGUGUGCCAUCGGAUUUAAUCCAGCAAAUCCUAUCUUCUGUUAUAAGAAACGAAGUAACAGGUGCCAACUGGCCUAAUACCGAUCAGAAUGCGACCGAGCCGGGUUCUAGACCAGAAAAUGUUCAGCCGCCAAGACGGCCAGCUGCAGAUUCACCUGAUUCACCAAGGCGCAUUUCGAUUUCAAACAUCGUCUAUGAUCAGGCGACGCCAUGUGAGAGCAGACACACCCGCCGUGCCCUGCAUUUGAGAAGUGGGAUCAAUCCAGCCGAAUUCCCUAUGCAGCAUAAUGAUGCGGCGUCUACCCGGACCUUUUUCACUGUUCAGUCCCUGUAUGACAGGUUUGACAGGAACCCAAGGUCGUCAGAUAAUUUGGUGACAGCAUACUUCUUGCUUUUGAGAGAAGCCGUGGUACCGAGCUCUUUCCGCUACCUCAGCACCCACGAGGUUCUACAAGUUGGGGAUGUAGUGGUCACCUACUUUAGAGGCCUGUUGCAAAGCGUACCCUACGAGGAAUCCGUUGAUAGAGUGACGGACAUCAUCAUGUCCAAACAUACCCAAUUUUUUAGACGCAUUCCCCUCAUGGUCUUUGUCUCUUCGAGUAUCAAUAUGACCGCGUCUAUACGUGCGGUGUUGUGCCAUCACAUGCCAGCCAUUUUCAAUUUGAUCUCCAUAAGGGACCCGAACGAGUUUUGCAGAAGCAUGAGGUCUCUGGUGCCACUGUUUUAUCAGGAUCUAUGUAUUGUGCUAUUCUAUUGCGUUGGAGAAUGCACCGUGGCUUUAGAAACGGUGUUCCGUGCUUAUUUGAUUGAUUGCAUGCGCACUAUGGAUGAGACCAAUAGAGACUUACUGCUGAAUAUUGCAUUUUAUUGUAUGUCUGCGGGAGUGUACCGUGCGAGUAUGUCCCCGGACGAGCCUCCGCAUUUCAUCGUUCACCGCGAACGGCGAGAACGUGAACGUGACGCUACUUGGUAUGGGUCUCCACAACCGUCCACGUCACGGGCGACCGAAAGCAACGUGAACCACACCCGUGACAUGUAUUCUGGAAAUUUGCCAAGAGCCCGCCCAAUGUGGACCUCCAGGGUACAAAGUAUGAGAAUAAGGUCAGCUGCUACGCUGGAUGCAAAUAGGCCAACAUGGAAUUCCAGGUCCGAGAUGCCCGAACUGGAAUCGGAGUCUCCGGAGCCUCCGGAUACCGCAGCAUCAGUUUCCAACACGACGUCAGCGUCUGCACCUUUGGAACCAGCUUCCACAUCUGCACCAGCUUCUGAUCCUUCCGGACCAGUUGCCACGUCUGAACCAGCCUCAGCAUCAGUUUCUACUAGUGCACCAAGAUCAGCUCCUUCACCACCAGUUUCCACGUCAGCACUAGCUACAGCUCCUUCGGCACCAGCUACAGCUCCUUCAGGUCCAGAUUCCACGUCUGCACCAGACUCAGCUUCUUCAGCACCAGUUUCUACGUCAGCGUCAGAGCCAGAACCAACUGCAGGACCUUCAGGACUAGAUUCCACGUGUGUGCCAGCUUCAGCUCCCUCAGCAUCAGCUUCCACAUCAGCGUCAGUAGCCAGGUCUGAAUCAGCUUCAACUUCUUCAGCACCCGUUUCCAGGUCUUCAUCUGCUUCAGCACCAGUUUCCAGGUCUGCAUUAGCUUCAAACUCUUCAGCACCUGUUUCCAGGUCUUCAUCAGUUUCAGCACCAGUUUCCAGGUCUGCAUCAACUUCAGUUUUCCGAGGUGCUGCUCCGGUGCUACCUAUGUCGUUAGUGCAAUUUGUGUCUCGCAACAUGCCCGACGACACAGCAUCCUUUUCUUUACUGAACGAAUCCAAUGUUGACUGGUGGAGUGUAGAGGAAGAUCGGCUGUUAGCUAUGGAUGAUACGCGUGACUCUGGCCGUGAUUCGCCCUUGAGUGACGCCUACCAUGUCGGACAUACUCAGCGGAACCAGGAACCAAGUCUACCUUCUGAUAUCAACUCGUUCGCAGAGUAUGUUUCUCUGAAUCUCGGCGAGAAUAUAGAGGUCGAUGACCGUCUGCGCAGUAUGUUCCUGGCGUUCCUCUCCACCAGAAUCGAAGAACGCACUCUGCAGUCGCCAGACUAUGAUAGAACGCAAUUCCUCGCUGUCAGGCUUCUCACUGAUAACACUAUUUCGCCACAAGACAGAGAAAGGUUUCAAGAGGAAUUGCGCAAUCGCUACCACUUAGUGCAAUCACAGGAAGGAAAAGAAAAGAGAUAAAUCCGAUACCGUCCUAGUUAUAAUCCGUUUAUACGAGACUUAAUUCUUCUUUAGAGGCUUUUACAACUAUAAAACAAUUUCCGUAUAUAGUGAAUGUUAUAGUUAAUUGUCUCUAUCACGGCUUUUUAAAUACAGCCGCUGUGCAGGUUUCACACUUAAAUGUGCUGUUAAAUUAGUAUAAGGAUAGUUCAGUGUUUGAGGCCAAUUUAGGAUAGUAUUUAUGUGAAAAAUUGUAUCUAAAGAUGUAUGUGAACGUAAAUAAACGGAAUUCUUAUUUGCCAGCCUAAACACGCGCUAAAUAUUGGGGAAGGCGCUAGUUAGCAUUUAAUAGGCAGCAUUCUCCAUUCCAAUUCUUGUAGAUGAAAUGGUUUUUAUCUAAAAACCAUUUCAUUUCAGCUAAUAAUUACCAAUCCUUUAGAUAAAACAAUAGAUGUUUUAGUAUGUGAAUUAAAUGUUUAAUCUUAAAAAUUAUAUUGAUGUUUCAAGGUAAGUUUCAAUAUACACAUAAAAACUAAAGAAGACGCUCUGUAUAUUCACGUGUAUUUUUUUUUCAAAUGUCUAUUUUUUACGUUAUCUAGUCUAUGAGUUUUCAGCAGUGUGAAAAUUAUCUCUUUAAAUGUGAAAUCAAAUUACUAUUUUUAGAAUUAUGUUCACAUUUCACCAAAGAGCUUAGAGCUUUUUGUCAAUCUAAUUUGUCUGGUUGAAAAGUUACGGUGACACUCCUUAAUGUCAAAGCAUACAUAUCAACUCGGAAAGAGAUCGCUCUCUCUACUACACUACCAUUAUCCCCUGACCACUCCCACGGCACUCCUUGCUUUAUUCAUAUCGUGUACCCAAUAUCGUUUUCUUAGAUUUUUGCUAUUUUCUUUUCAUCAAUCUCACGUAUUGUAAACCGGGACAUAACCGUGUGCUACACUUAACUGGUCGGUGAGCCGUAAGCGCGGUGUUGCCUAGCCGUAGCCGAGUUGACGUACAGUAGCUGCUGAUACGCUUUGCAUAAUAUCCCUUUCCGAGUUGAUAUGUGUGCUGUGACCUUUAUUAUGUGACCCAUCAACCAAUAUGUUUUUGUAUUAUAUGGAUCUAUGUUGCGUUUACGAGUGUAAUUAACUUCAAUAUCGCUCAAUAUUAUAAUUAUUUAAAAUAAAAGUUAUGUAAUAUCUUUAUAUUGAAUAAUUAUGUUUUUUCAAUGAAUGUAAUAGAAAUUAUAGAUGUUGUAUGAAACUUUAGAUAUAUUUAGAUAAGAAAAAGCAUGUAUUAGAUCGUCCUUUUAAUAAGGUUAUCCUUCAGUCGCCUAUAAAGACAAAUUUAUGUUUGAAAAUUUGAAACUUGUUUAAUGCACGGCCAUUUGUGGCACCUUUAAUUCUAUAGUUUUUCAGUUCAAUUUGUUUUUCAUGCGUUCCAUGUUGUUUUAGUAUUAAGUUAGUAUAAUUUUCACACGCAUCUUUAAUAUUUAUAAUGGUUUUGUUAAUCGGUCCUGUAAACACUGAAAAUUAAAUAAAUGUCAUGA